AUGUGUCCAUUGAAGAACUCUGAAGCUGGGCCAGACUUGCUGUUGAGUUGUAAAAUGGUAAAGAUCUUUGGGCAAAUGUUUGGUGCUAAUUUUGAUGCUUUUUAUCCUACAGACACACAACACCAGUUUAAUGCACGAGAAAGUGAUUGGGGUUUCCCUUCUUUCAUGCCUCUUGGCCAACUAUAUGACCCUGCUAGAGGUUAUCUGGUGAAUGAUACUAUUGUAGUUGAAGCUGAUGUUGCUGUCCAUAGGGUUGUUGAUUACUGGGCACAUGACUCAAAAAAAAAAAAAACUGGUUAUGUUGGACUUAAAAACCAAGGAGCUACUGGUUACAUGAACACUCUUCUCCAGACAUUGUACCAUAUUCCUUAUUUCAAAAAGGCUGUGUAUCAUAUGCCAACAACCGAGAAUGACAUGCCGUCAGGGAGCAUCACGUUGGCUUCGCAGAGUUUGUUCUACAAGCUUCGGUACAGCGACACUAGUGUAGCAACGAAAGAGUUGACGAAAUCUUUUGGAUGGGAUACAUAUGAUUGUUUCAUGCAGCACGAUGUGCAAGAACUCAACAGAGUUCUUUGUGAAAAACUUGAAGAUAAAAUGAAGGGAACUGUUGUGGAGGGUACAAUACAGCGGUUAUUUGAGGGACACCACAUGAGCUAUAUAGAAUGCAUCAAUGUGGACUACAAAUCGACAAGAAAGGAAUCAUUUUAUGAUCUUCAGCUUGAUGUCAAGGGUUGUCAUGAUGUUUAUGCUUCUUUUGAUAAGUAUGUGGAGGUGGAACGUCUUGAGGGUGAUAACAUGUAUCAUGCUGAGCAAUUUGGGUUACAGGAUGCAAGGAAGGGUGUCCUUUUCAUUGACUUCCCCCCUGUCCUUCAACUUCAGUUAAAACGGUUCGAAUAUGAUUUUAUGCGGGAUACCAUGGUAAAGGUUAGUAUUAAAAAUUCGGUUUUUUGCCAUUGUUUGUUGUGGUUGGUUGGUUGGAGCGUAAUAGGAGUGUGUUUCAGAACAUGUGCCAUUCCUUUCUUUGGUUAGAAAGUAGGCUUCUUAUGAUAUUGCAUAGUUGGGUUUCUGGUUCGGUUGAUCCUGAUGUGUUGACUUUUGUACAUUUUGUGGAGGAUUUGCUUAGAUAGCGUGCUUUUGUAGUCCAAUCUGGGUUGCU